CAGCAAUUUGGGGCUCUCCAGGGACUCCUCCUGCUCUGGUUGUGACCAUGGGAAAGAGAGUGGCCGUGGUGCUGGCUGGCUGUGGGGUGUACGACGGGAGCGAGAUCCACGAGUCUUCUGCUGUGCUGGUGCAUCUCAGCAGGGAGGGGGCAGAGGCAGAGGUUUACGCUCCUGAUGUUGACCAGAUGCAUGUGGUGGACCACGUGAAAGGACAGCCAACUCAGGAGAAGCGCAACGUGCUAGUUGAAAGUGCCAGAAUAGCCAGAGGCAACAUCAAGGAUCUAGCUAAGCUGGAUGUCAAGGGGCUGGAUGCCCUAAUCAUACCAGGUGGCUUUGGAGUGGCUAAAAACCUGAGUACUUGGGCCACCCAAGGCAAGAACUGCAUCGUCUCCAAAGAGGUGGAGGACGUCUUGAAGGCAUUCCACGCUGCCAACAAGCCCAUUGGCCUCUGCUGCAUCUCGCCGGUGCUGGCAGCCAAAAUCUUCCCAGGAUGCGAGCUGACCGUGGGUCACGACACAGAGUGUGAGAAAUGGCCUUACGCAAAGACUGCUGAGACCAUGAAGGAGCUUGGCUGCAAGCACGUGAACAAACACGUCACUGAAGUUCAUGUGGAUGUGAAGAACAAGCUGGUGACCACCAGCGCCUUCAUGUGCAAUGCCCCCAUUCAUGAGAUCUAUGAUGGCAUCGGGAAAAUGGUCCAAGAAGUGGUGAGACUCGCCUGAGUGCCACAAAGCCACAGAGUCCAUCUCCUCUACCACCGAGCCUCGGGUAACAUUCUUCCCCUUUUACACCCAAAUACCAACAGGAAAACUGCUCCUCAAACGGAGUUCUCCCGCCCCACCGGUACGUCAAAGCUCCCCAUGCACCUCCACCUCCCAGAACAGAGGAGUUAGUGGCAAAGGGAAGGAACACAGUUCUGCUGCCGAAUAAAAC